UGGAGUUUGAAUUUUACCAGUGGAAGCGACCUCACUAGCUUGUAGCCGAUAAAGGAGCAGCGCGCCCAAACGUUCUUCACCAUGAGCUGGGCAGUGGAGGAGUGGAAGGAUGGCCUUCCAGGGAAAGCCCUGCAGAAGAUCCAGGAGAUUGAAGGCCAGCUGGACAAACUCAAGAAGGAGCGGACCCAGAAACAGUUUCAACUGGACUCACUGGAGGCUGCCCUGCAGAAACAGAAACAGAAGGCGGACAGCGAGCGUAACGAGGUUUCUGCCAUGAAGAGAGAAAACCAGUCCUUAGUGGAGUCGUGUGACUCUCUGGAGAAAGCCCGUCAAAAAGCUGUCCAUGACCUCGGAGUCAAAGAGCAGCAGGUAAACUACUUGGAAGGACAGCUCAGCUCCUGCAAGAGGACAAUAGAGCGACUGGAGCAAGAGCUCAAGAAGUACAAAAAUGAGUUGGAUCGUUCUCAGCCCUCUUCCUCGGGCUCUUCGUCGUUGUCAUCCUGCUCUGAGCUGCAGCCCUACACCACACCGCAGAAGAGUUUCCUUACCCCAGCUGCCACCCCAGCCUACAGGCAGCAGGAUAACAGACUCGAGGAACUUCAGGAGAAAUACAAUGCAGAGGUGGAGGAAAGGAAGAGACUGGAGACUGAACUCAAAGUCCUGCAGGUCAAAUUGUUGAAUCAGCCAUCAGCCAGUGUAAGCCACAAAAACAUUGCUGCCCGCCAACAAGCUGGAUCUUCCAUAUUCCCAUGGCAACAGCAGGACCAGACCCAGAGCCGCCAGUCGCAGGACACUUUGGAAACGCCUCUAAAGAGGCGGGGGGCCUCUGGCAUGUCCCUGUGGGAUGCCCAUGAGGAGACGCCAAUUAAACUCAGUCAGCGAGUCAGCUCGUCCAGAGUUGCACAGAGUCCUGCUGGCUCCUCUCAGCAGGCGGAGCAGCUCCGGGCUCUUAACCAAGAGCUGCGUGGUCGUGUGUCAGAGCUGGAGAGGAGUCUGUCCUCUCAGGAGAAGGAGCUUCGUAGUCAGGCCUCCAAAAUACAGGACCUGCAAACCCAACUGGAGCAGGCCCGCAAAGAGCUGACCGAGCGGGACAGAGACCUGGCUAAGACUCGCCAUGAGCUCAGCCAGGCCACAGACAGACACCAGCAGGUUGAAACCAAGUGUUCAUCGGUGGAGCAAAAGCUGAAACAAGUCACGGAGGAGAUGAGCUGUCAGAGGCACAACGCUGAGAGCUGCAGACGAGCCCUAGAGCAGAAAGUCAAGGAUCAGGAGAGAAACAGCCAGAAGGAGUUGGCCCAACUGCAGAGUUCCCACCAGGCUUUGGAGCAGCAGCUGAACCAGUCCAGAACCAAGCUGACCCAGGAGAUCCAGCAGUCCAAGAAAGAGUACAACGUAUUACAGGCUGACAUGGAGAAGCUGAGUUUCCAGAGGAGUCAGGUGGAGAAGGAGGUGGAGGAGCAGAGACAGAAGCUGUUGAGGUCAGAGCAGAUCCUCCAGGCAAGCCAGUCCAAAGAGCAGGACCUCCGCAAGAAGAUAGAGGAGCUGCAGAAAGAGAAGAACUGUGUGUCUGUCCAGUUAGAUCAGAGCAGCAGGCGUCUGUCCCAGCUGGAGGAUGAGAAGAAGAGUUCAGAGCAAAGCCUCAAACGCACCCAGGGGUUACUGGACGACCUCAAAGCUAAAUCAGAGGCGCAGGCAGAAGAACUGAAGGGGCUUCGAUCAAAACUGGAACAGCAGACUCAGUGUGCCGCCCGGGAACUGGAAAACCUGAAGAAGACACUUUCAGAUGCAGAGGCCAAAAAUGACAGGACUCAGAGUGAACUGCAGAAACAGAAAGUAGAAACAGAGCAGCUGACCAAUAAACUGACAGUCCUCGAAAAGGAAAGUCAGGAGCUAAAAACCAGCCUCACGUCAAGCCGCAAGGAGUGUGUCGAAUUGAGGCAGGAGCACGAAGCUCUUCUCGGAUGGAAGAAGGAGAAGGAGACCCUGAUUAAUGAAACCGAGUCUGUGCAGAAAGACCUGACUGAAAAAAUCAGAGACUUGGAGAGGAGUCUCAGCUCAUCAAAUGAGGCCACUGAUGAACUAAAGAAGCAGCUCACGAGUACAGAGGGAGAGAAAGCCGGUCUGUCGGCGCACAUCGACUCCUUGAAAGGAGAGCUCCUCAACAAGAGCACAGAUCUGGAGGAGAAGGAGCGCCAGUAUGAGGAGCUCCAGUCGAAACUCUCUGAGGCUGGAGAGAAACACGCCAAAGACCUGGAGAACGUUGGUCUGCAGGUGGCACGACUUGAGGCACAGGUGAGAGAUCUGGAGUUGCGGCUACAACAGGAAGUGACUCGGGCAGAGCUGGCUGAGAAGUGUAAUGCUGAGCUGCAGGACCAGCACCAGGCAGCCUGCGACCUGGCCCACUCCAAAGACCAGCUGGUAGAGCUGGGCCAGGCUGAGAUCAGUCAGCUCCGAGAGAGCCUGGCACAGGCCAACGCACAGCAAGACACACAGCAUGCCAGGCUGACAGAAGAGAAGGAAGCCAUACUGAAGCAGUGUGAGGAGAGCAUCGCAGCCAAAGUUGAGGAGGCUGAGCAGGCCAAACUCUGUUUGGAGGAGGCUCGGCAAGAGCUGCAGCUCACUGUAAACCAGCUCAGUUCCACGGAAUACUCCCUGAAGAUCCAGGAGAACUUGAGAGCUGAGUUGCAGGAACGUAUCAAGGUGCUGUCUGACAGUGAAGAGAACUACAAGAAGAUGUCGGAGAAAACAUCAGAGGCCCUCAAACAGGUUGAAGUGGAGCUUCAGGAUCUGCGAAGCCAGGCGGAGGAGAGGGAGAAGCAGAUCAGAGAGUCUGAGGCUAAAAUACUGUGUCUGGAGGGAAAAAACGCUGAGCUGGAAAUUAAAACUCAAGAGAUAAAGAAUGAAGCAGAGGUUUUCCAGUGCUCUCAGGCUGAGAAGAUACACAACCUGCUGGGGCAGAUAUCUACACUGGAAGAAGAGGUCGCUGUGAGAAAAGAGGCAGCAGAAAAGCUUCCUGCCUUGAAGGAUGAGCUGGACGUAGCCAACCAGUCCUGUGCUGAUCUUAAGAAGUCUCUAGAAGCUCUGGAGAAGAGUCACUCCACAACUGCUGAAAUGAACAACAACUUGGAGAACACCCUGACUGAGAAAAUUAACCACAUCUCUACUUUAGAGAAAGAGCUCAAAGAGGUGACGCAGAGGAUGAGCAAAGAGUCAGAGAGCCAUGUCUCAGAGAUGGAAAAUUUCCUCAACAAACAGAAGAGCCUUAAAGAGCAGCUCGAAGCCAUAAAGCUGUCAGAAAAUGCCAUUAAAGAGCAAUCAACUGCUCACCAGAAGGAGAUCAAGAGCCUGAAGACGACUCUGUCUGCUGCUUCGACAGGCCUGGAGGAGAGAGACAACAAGAUAAAGAGUCUGAAGGAAAGGCUGAAUAAAGCAGAGUCGGAGCAGGCCAAAGCUUCAGAUGCCCUGAAGGAGAAGACGAUUGCCAUGAACAAGAUCAAGGUGCAGCUGGAGAUGCUGCAAAUGGACCUUGAGGACAACGAGACGGCCAUGAAUUCCUUUGACAGUCAGGUGGAGGAGUUGAGAGGAGCCGUGGCAUCACUGGAGGGACAGCUAGUGCAGAGCGAAGCCCAGAAGUCUGAGAUGGAAGCCAGACUGGAGGACAGCCAAGCCCAGGUCUCUGUCUUGGAAGCACGGUUGGAGGAAGUCCAAGCUCAGAAUUCCCUGCUGGAGACACAGUAUGUUACAGCGAGCUCUGAAAUCACACGUCUCGAAGAGGACGCUGUCCAACGAAAGUGCCAAGAGGAGAAAGCUGUUACAUUAGAGUCCAAACUCAGUGAAGUAAUGGAGCAAAAUGUCAAGUUGGAGGAAGCUCUCGAAGAAAAACAAGUUAAUCUCUCCCGACUAUUCGGUGAGAAAAACGGCCUUGAGUCUACUUUGAACCAGGUGUUGGAUGACAAAGAGCGAGUUGAAGCUAACUUGAUUCAAAUAAGUGGAGAGAAGAAACAGCUGGAAGCCAACUUGGACAAGCUAGCCGAAGAAAGUGACCAACUGCAUAUCAGGAUGAGACAGUUAACUGAGGAACAACAGCAAGCAGAAACUAAAAUUAAUCAAAUGACUGAAGAAAAACAAGAAACUGAAUCAACACUAAGACUGCUCAUGGAGGAGAAAGCCCAACUAGAUAUGAUUCUGAACCAGAUAAAUGAGGAGAAGCUUAAACUAGAAGCUAAUUUGAACCAGCGCUCUCAUGAGAACAGCCAGCUGGAGGCAAACUUAAAACAGGCAACUGAGCAGAACCAGCUGCUUGAAGGAAACUUGCACUGCCUAACUGAGGAAAAGGUUCAAACAGAAGCUAAACUUAACCUAUUAACUGAGGAGAAACAACAGCUAGAGACCAGCCUGAUGCAGCUGACAAAGGAGACCAACACACUCCCGGUAGCUGAUGAUAGAGCCCAGCUUGAGGCUAAACUAAGUGAACUAACUCAUGAGAAAAAUGAUUUGGAGUCUAAGUUGAAUCAAAUAGCAGAAGAGAAGCUUCAGUUGGAAACUAGUUUCAACCAGCUGACUGAAGAAAAGGUUGAACUAGAAGUAAGUCUAAACCACAUCACUGAAGAGAAGCUCCAACUUCAAGCCAGCAUCAAGAAGCAUGAGGAGGAGGUGGCUUCAGUCAGACAGCAGAACGACUGUAUCCAGGGCUCCCACCAGUCCCUGAUGCAGGAACACCAGCAGCUGAAGGAGGAACUGGAGCUAAGAGAGAAGAGGAGUGAGGAGGAGUGCAGAGAAAGGAGCCAGCAGUUUGAGGCAGAGCAGGCAGAGCUGCAUCAGAAGCUGGCUGGACUUCAGAAGGAGCUGGCUGUGUUCAAACAGCAGUAUGAUUCACUGCUGGAGCAGGUAGGCCAGCAGCACAGCCUGAUACAGCAGCUCUCAGAGACGGAGGGAAGCCAGGACUCCAGAGAAAGUGCUGCGCCUGAGGAGUUCAAAGAGACAGAAUUCAGAGUAGAAGCUGCUCAUCAGCCAGCUGACCUGGAGCCAAUCACAGAGUCAAAACUGAAUACAGACUUCAGUGACAACAUGGAGACCCUUCCAGCAAAGGAACAGCUGAGCCCAAGGGCCUCUGACCUGAAUGAACUGUCUGAUGAAGCCGUUGGGAGUCCCAUCGAGGAUAAGACACAGGAGGUUUUAAGGGGAGACCUCGGUGAGGAGCAGCAGAUGGUCCAGCAGCAUCUGGAGGAGGAGGUUCCUGCAGACAGCCCACCAACCACAGAGCCAUCCCAGUCUCAAACCAACCUCAGCCCCUACAGGGAAAGAGUCAGACAAUUAGAAAAUGAGCUCCAGACCCUCCGGGGCGAGUGUGACUUCUUGAACUCUGAUCUUACCCUGAGAAAGGAGUUGACCUCUGAGCUGGAAGUCAAAGUUCAAAACUUAGAGUGCAGUAUUCAGGCAGCAGAGGAAGAGGGGCAUGGCACUGCACAUAAGCUCAGCAUCGCUCUGGUGGAGAAGAAAGCCCUUGCAGACCAGGUUUCUGAGCUGUCAAAGGAGCGGGAGGAGUUGACUCUCCAGCUGCAGACAGCUAAAUGUCAGCUGUCUGAUGUCAUGCAGAUGUUGGAAGGGCUGGAGAUGGCAAAAGGGGGCUGGGAUGAGAAGUUCCUCCAGCAGGAGAGUGAGUUGAAGAGGGUUCGCUCUGAGAAGGCCAACCUAGAGCAGCACAUCCUGGGCAUGGAGAGCGAGCUGGAGACCCUGCUGGAGGAGAGAACUAAGCUGGAGGGAGAGGUGGAGACCCAGAGGAGGACUUGUUCGGGCAUGGAGCAGCAGAUAGAGACACUCAUGACAGAGACCACCCAACUGAGGUCAGAGCUCGUGUGCUACACCGAGGAGCGAGAUGAGUUGAGCCAGUCGGUGGACCGAUGGAGAGAUCAAGUGCACAGCCUGGAAAGGACAAACUGCGACACCAGACAGGUGAUCUCCAUCCUGGAGGAGGACAUCAGAGCAGGGAGGAAGGAGUACGAAACCUUACAGAGCAACAUGGACAAACUAGAGGAGGAGAGGCAACAGCUGUUGGAGCAAGUUCAGGCGCUGGAACGUGCGAUCACCCAGCAGAGUGGAGAAAAUCAGGAGCUAAUCAGCCAGCUUGACAAGUUCAGAGAGGACCAGACCUCCACCAGCCAGAACUCUGAGUCCAUGGUCGGCAAGAUAGAGGCUUUAGAGGGAGAGGUGAGUCGUCUGUCUCAGUCCCUCGAGUCCUCCCUCUUAGAAAAAGGAGAGAUCGCCUCUCGUCUAAACUCCACACAGGAUGAGGUCAAACAGAUGAGAACUGGCAUUGAGAAGCUCCAGGUCCGCAUUGAGUCAGACGAAAGAAAGAAGAGGAAGAUGGGAGAGCUGCUGAAAGCUGCCCAAAGGAAGUCAGACUCACUGCAGGACCGCAUCGAUGCACUGGAGAGAGAGAAUGAAGGGGUGGAGCAGAGCCUGGAAGAGGCUGUGUUACAGGCUGAGACAGCCAAGGCUGAGCUGGAGGAGAUGGAGGAGGAGAAGAAAAAGGUGGAGGAAGAGAAAAAAGAGCUUGGCGAAAAACUAUCAGCACUGUCUGUCGACCUGAACAACCUGAGAUCUGAGAAAGAACGCCUGGAGAGAGAGCUGGAAACCAAAAACAAAGAGAUAGAGGACCUGAAGGCCACCAAGGAAGAGCUGGAGAGAGGGAUGGAGACGGCAGAGAUGGUUAGAAGAGAGGAGGAGGAAAGGGAGAAGUGCAGGGUGGAGGAGCUGCAGAAGGGCAUGAGAGAGGAGGCAGAAAAACAGAUAAAACGAGUGGAUGACCUUCAGGCCCAGCUGGAAGCGUCCCGGCAGAGAGAGAUCUCCCUCGAACAAAAGAACACAGAAACAGAGGGGGACAAAGAAAGGAUGCAGUCUCUGCUGGAGGAGCUGGAGAAAAAGAAAGGGAAUUUGCAGAGUUCUUUGGAGGAGCAAGAGAAAGAGAGGGAGAGCCUGCAGACCCGUGUGAAACAUUUAGAAGAAGAGAGCGCGAUGCUUAAAGCAACCAUAAAAACUAAAGAGGAAGAAAGAGUCGGGUUAGAAAGGGAGAGGGAGAAGAGGGAUGUAGAUCAGAGGGAGGCCACAGAAAACAUCUCCUCUCUCAUGGCUGAGAACGAACGGAUGAAAGGAGAGAACGGGCGGCUAGUGGAGGAAAGAGAGGAAUUGCACUCCAAGCUUUCCACAGUAGAAAACGAGCUAGAUAACUUGCACUCUGCUCUUUCAUCCCUAGAGGAAGAGAGAGGGAAUCUGGCACAGGAGAAGGAGAAGCUUCUUUCUAACCUCUCCUUGACAGAAAAGGAGAAGGAGGACAUGCGUUCUGCUCUCUCUUCAUUACAGCAAGGGAAGGAAAAAGCAGAGGAGGAGAAGGUGAAGUUAGAGGGUGAAAAACAGAAAUUGGAGUCUUCCCUGACUUUGAUAAAAGAAGAAAGAGAGAGCCUUAGCUUGUUACAUUCUUCGCUGGAAAAAGAGAAGGAGAGUACAGAAGGCGAGAGAGACAGACUAGCAGAGGAACAAGAGAAACUUCAAUCUAGAGUUUUGUCUCUGGAGAAACAGCUGGAAACAAACAUGUCCAUGUCACAGCUCACUGACCAGGUGUCAGAGCUGUCGUCUCGUGCUGCCCGUCUGGUCAAAGAGAGAGACUCUGCCCUCAGCAAGAUGAAUCUUUGGAUGAAGAACUGCAAACAGCUGGAGCAGGAAAAGCAGAUGAUGUUAACUACCUCAGCAGAUGGAGAGAGCAGUGAGGAGGCUCGAGCUGAGGUGAACCAGCUGAAGGCGGAGGCUGAGGACAGAAAGACAGAAGUGAAUGACCUGAAGACAGCCCUGGAGGAGAGGAGGAAGGAGGCUGAGGAGAAGAAGAAUGAGGUACAAGAAAAAAACAAAGAGGUGGAAGAGCUGAAGGCUUCCUUGGAGGGGAGGAAGAAGGAAUUACAAGAGAAGGACAAAGAGUUGGAGGAGACGAUGAAGGAGCUACAUGAGGUCAACAAACAGCUGGAGGAGAGGAGCAGAGAGGCCGACGAGAGCAUGGACAAAUACUGCAGCCUGAUGGUCCGCGUCCACAAGCUUGAAGAGACCAACGACAAGCUGACGGCUCGCCUCAAGCAGGUCACCACUAGCCAACAGGCUGAUCACACCAACAGCGAGAAUAUCACAGGAAAUGUUGAUGACAACAGUAGCGUUCGUCGCUCAGGCAGGAAGUCUGCCUCCAAACGGCAAGAAGAAAUAAGGGCUGACAACACCGAGAACGUGGCUCCUUCAGCUUCUGAGAGUACCCUUCAGCGGGUGUCUCCAGGGAAACGGGGUCACGGUGACAUCAGUGGAAAAGACAGUGCCAAGGAGGCCCUGCACAACCUGACAAAGAGGAUCAAGGCCAACGCUGCCAUGGCGACCACACCCAAACCAAAAAGUGAACGGGAAGAGGAAUUCAUCCCAGAGGGACUUCCUGAGCUGGUGCAGAAAGGUUUUGGAGAUAUUCCUCAAGGGGAGGCCAGUCCGUUCAUCAUGAGAAGGACCACAGUGAGGCGCUGUAGCCCUCGGCUGGCGGCGAGACAGACCGCCAUCACUUUGAGUGACACAUCAGCACCUGACAGCAGGGUUUUGGAGCCCCUGUCCCUCCAGAGUCCCUCUGCCGGUGUGGCCCCCUCUGUGAUUGACAGCUCGGACAGAAAGUCCACUUCCCCCGGCUGUGAGGAGAAGAACAGUCGCCGCUCGCUGAGUUUGCGGAAAACUCCAGAACAGAAAGAGAAAAGACAAAUGGCUUUAAGAGAACAAGCACAGCAAGGAGAAAACUGUCAAGUUCAGUAGAUGAACACGCACACACACACUCACACCUUUUACACUCCACAUUUAGUAGACAGAUAAACAUGCAUACUCCUACACACACAAUAGAUACAUACACUACUACUAAAGGCUUUUUUAAGCAAAAAUCCACCCUAAGACACUUUAAAAGACAACUCUGGUUAUUUUCAGCCAGGGCCUAAUUUGCUGAGAUGACAAUUGAAAUUGAAAAUUUAAUUUGAUUUACCCCUUCACUGUGUGUGCACUGGGCAGCAGGGCUCUCAGUGACUUGGGAGCGCUGCCGCCCCCAAAAAUUUCAACAUGAUCAGUCAUCUUGAUGGCAAAAUCUAGGAGUUGGAAAAAACUGGAUUUAUCUUUUAACAGUUUAAAAAAAAAAAAAAAAACAACUCUUUGUGAUGUACCUUGCAAUUCAGGGUUCAUGUUGUUUGGUGUUGUAUUUU